AUGACCCUCAAGUGCUUAAACGCCGCCUCACCUCGUAAAGUGCCAUCGGCUAUUGACACGAGUGAAUCACUCUUAUCUACUAGUAACCAGGAUAGUCACAUGGGCGGCCGUGGACGUUCUACACCAAAGUCCAUGCGUUGCCGAUCACAAUCAAGUAAUUGGGAUAAGGAUGCCGUGGAUGACUUGGGUGAGAGUGAGGAUGACCAUUUUGAUGCUACGGCAGCCACUAUUCCAGCACCUUCGCACCAGAUUCACGCUAUGCCAGCGCUCUGGGUAAGUGGUCGGAGGCGGCACAAUCGUAGCCGCAGUCGACGACGUUCUGUCAGUGAGACUUACCAUCAUGGGAACGUGAAUAGCAGUGGCGAUAUUAGUAUGACCAGCUUUAGCAGUCAACAUACGCCCACAGGUUCGUCGUUGUCAUCGAUUAGCUCAAUGCUGCCGUCUUUGUUGGAUGGAGGGGAUGAACAGUUUUGCGAGGCAGUGGAAGCUGCUGGUGGCAGUCUUAACCAACGACUACGGAUCACAUCGCCUGACGGCCCACAGUUUCCUGGUUGGGUCCGAGGACAAGCCGCUGAUGUGCAAUGGGAGGCGCUGGAUCCUAGCGUGCAAUGCGUACGAAUUGACGUGUGCAAUGUGGCGUGGACUGUACCCACCACGAUUGCACACCGCGUGGCAAACGAUGGAAAAUUUCGCUGGCGCCGCGUAUACUGGGGUAUGCCAAUUGCAGAGGGUUACUAUGUGAAUAUUUACGACAUGACGGAGCAGAAGGACCCCUCUGAUUCACUAUUACUAGCGCAGAGCGAGCGCUUCGCCGUCAUCAAGUGA